GAUGGAACCCGGAGACGAGCACAAUUUUAAAGAAAUGAGAGCGACUACGAGAAAAUAAUGGGAUUAACGGCCGUAUGACACCUUCCAGCAGCGUUGCCACCAAACCUCCAAUUUAUGGACCGAAUUCUGCACUAUACGCGCUGUCUGGGGUCGACAUGUAGGUAAACUGGGCUCGAAGGCUUGCACCGACUCCAUCCAGCUGCACAGCAACCCGCAAGCCCCGCUUCGGUGCGGCGACCCGCUUUAUGUAGAUACCGACGGCUCCGAGUGGAUCUGGGAUGCAUCUCUCCAAGAAAUGCUCCGUGUUCAAAGUGGUGCUGAGUGCUCUGCUGAUCGUGGCGCUGCUGCAGCUCAUAUAUCUGUCUUUUCUGUCCAAGUUUCACGGCAAACAGCAGCGCUACCGCUACUCGGAGCUCUUCGGCGGCAUCUCCAAGAAAAACGCGCAUCCGGAGAAGAACGCUCGCAAAGAGCGCCUACGCUACUCCCUCUCCACGGGCGGCAUCUUCGACAACAGCGGCCAGUACCGCGUCUACAAGAACCUGAUCAAAAGCGAUUUCGCCACCGACCCCAAACCAGGAAAUGACGUCAGCGCGGACGCCAUGUCUCUGGCCACGCACACCACCCUGAACAACCUGCACCACCUGCGGGCUCUGCUGGAGCGCUGGCAGAACCCGCUGUCCGUGGCGGUCUUCGCGCACGGACACGACGUCAAGUUGGCCACGGCGCUGGUUUACGCGCUCAGCUUCUUCUGCCCGCAGGUCCAAAAUUUGGUGGACUUCCACCUGGUCUGCCUCUCGGGAGAGAUGGCCAGCUUUCCCGAGCAGGACCGUGAACAUUUUGCUGGGUUGGAGGACUGCGCGUCGGUGUUUUCGAGACUGGAGACCCACAGGGACAAAUACAAAAACUAUGCCAUCAGCGGGAACGUCUCCUACCCCAACAACCUUCUGCGCAACGUCGCCCGCGGCGGCGCAGAGUCGGCCUACAUCCUGGUCAUCGACAUCGACAUGGUCCCGAGUGCCGACCUGCACCAGCAGUUCUUGGCCAUGAUCACGAGGCGUCAGCCGGCCAAUGACGAGGUCUUCGUCCUGCCGGCUUUCGAGAUCCGCCACGUGAGGAAGGUUCCCGCCACCAAGCCGGAGCUGGUUCAGCUCUAUCAGGUUGGCGAGGUGCGACCCUUCUACGAGGAGCUGUGUCCACGCUGUCAGGCCCCCACCAACUACUCACAGUGGGUCAACAGUCACGCCCGAGGGUCGGGGCCCCUGGACGUAGCCUACACUCUCACCUGGAUGGACCCCUGGGAGCCCUUCUACAUUGGCCCCCGCACCGUGCCGCUGUAUGAUGAGAACUUCAAGCAGUACGGCUUCAAUCGAAUCAGUCAGGCCUGUGAGCUCCACGUGGCUGGUUACAGGUUCUCGGUGCUGAGCUCCGCCUUCGUGGUGCACCGCGGCUUUAAGGUCCAGGGUGAGUUCCACUCCAGGAAGGACGAAGAAAACAAGCGGAACCGGAUUCUCUUCCGCAGCUUCAAGGAAGGUCUGAAGACCAAGUACCCACUGUCCAGCCGAAGCUGCUAA